AUGUCCGGAGAAGUCAACGAUCGGUAUCAGAGUGACCACAUCGGCAUCGUGCAGACUGAAGAGAUGCAUAGACCAGAGCCACCACACACCCGCACUAGCACACCAAAGAUUGAGGCAUUGUCCGCGGAGUCCCUUUCCACCACAGAUUUACGCACCCCGCCGAAUACGCCUUUCUCGUCCACUCCCGAGGGUAGUACCGACACAAAUACCAGCAGAGAUGACAAUGGCAUGUUGGUCGCGAUUGAGGAUCUCGACCUGUGUUUUGACGGCUCCAGUUGA